CGAGCGAGCGCGCCCGGCGAAGGGGCCGGAGACGCGGCGGCGGCAGCAAGAUGGCGGCCAAGUCGGAUGGCGGCGGCGGCGGCGUGGGCUUCGCCCAGCUGCACAACCUGGACGAGGCGGCGGCGGCGGCGGCAGCGGCGGGCGUCUGCGGCGCCGGCGGCGUCGGGGCAGCGGCGGCCGAGGGCGCGGAGGAGCCGGGCGGCAGCAGCUCCUUGCACAUCUGCCACUGCUGCAACACGUCGUCGUGCUACUGGGGCUGCCGGAGCGCCUGCCUGCGGAGCCUCUUCGGGCGGGCGCCCGCCGCCGCCGCCGCCGAGCCGCUGGCCCCGCGCCCCGCCGCCGAGGGGCCGCCGCGGGCGCCGGAGGUCGGCGAGGCGGCCGAGCGGCCGUGGCUGGACUGCCUGUGGAUCGUGCUGGCGCUGCUGGUGCUGCUGGGGGACGUGGGCACGGACCUGUGGCUGGCGCUGCACCACUACGGCCGGCGGGACUACGUCUGGUGCGGCCUGACGCUGGCCUUCGUGCUGCUGCCCUCGGUGCUGGUGCAGAUCCUCAGCUUCCGCUGGUUCGUGCAGGACUUCACGGGCGGCGGGCUGGGCGCCGUGCAGGGCCUCAGCAGCCGCGGGCCGCCCAUGAUGGGGGCCGCCGGCCGCCGGGGGGGACCCGCCGGCGGGGUAGGAGGAGCCGCCGGCACCACCACCCCCGGGGCGCAGCGCCUCUGCAGGAUCUCCGUCUGGGUCUGGCAGUCCGUCAUCCACCUGCUGCAGAUGGGGCAGGUCUGGAGGUAUAUCCGAACUAUGUACCUGGGGAUCCAGAGCCAGAGGCGGAAGGAACACCAGCGGCGUUUCUACUGGGCUAUGAUGUACGAAUAUGCAGACGUAAAUAUGUUGCGCCUCCUGGAAACUUUCCUCGAGAGCGCCCCUCAACUGGUGCUACAGCUCUGCAUAAUGAUCCAAAAGAACCGUGCAGAAACAUUACCAUGUGUGUCCUCUGUGGCCUCCCUGAUGUCCCUGGCUUGGGUGCUAGCCUCCUAUCACAAGCUUCUUCGGGACUCUAGGGACGACAAGAAGAGUAUGAGCUACAGAGGGGCCCUCAUCCAUGUCUUCUGGCGCCUCUUCACCAUCUCAUCUCGAGUUAUUUCUUUUGCUCUCUUUGCUUCCAUUUUCCAGCUCUACUUUGGGAUCUUUGUAGUGGUCCAUUGGUGUGCCAUGGCUUUCUGGAUCAUCCAUGGUGGGACAGAUUUCUGCAUGUCUAAGUGGGAGGAGAUCCUCUUCAACAUGGUGGUAGGGAUUGUGUACAUUUUCUGCUGGUUUAAUGUCAAGGAAGGGCGGACUCGAUACAGAAUGUUUGCGUAUUACACGGUAGUCCUGACGGAGAAUGCUGCCUUGACGCUCCUUUGGUAUUUUUACAGAGAUCCUGACACUACUGACUCAUAUGCCGUGCCAGCACUGUGUUGUGUCUUUCUUAGCUUUGCUGCUGGGAUAGCUUUGAUGCUGUUAUAUUAUGGUGUGCUGCAUCCCAUGGGGCCAAGAGCUAAGAUCUUUGCCAGCUCCUGUUGCGCCGAGCUGCUCUGGGGCAUUCCUUUGCCCCCCGAUGUUGAGCCCAUGGCACCCGAAACCCCUGGGUACCGGGGGGCCCAGGCUACGCCCACCAGAGCGGUCACGGAGCAACAGGAGGAACUCACGGCUGACACUUGCUUGCCCGUUUUCCAGGUGAGAGCAAUGGUACCAUCUACUCCAUCUGGGCGACCCUACCCCCCCGAGGGGCCUCUCAUUAAGAUUGACAUCCCAAGAAAAAGAUACCCUGCAUGGGAUGCUCAUUUUGUAGACAGGAGGUUAAGAAGAACUAUCAACAUCCUCCAAUAUGUCACCCCCACAGCUGUAGGUAUUAGGUAUAGAGAUGGACCUCUCUUAUAUGAGUUGCUACAAUAUGAAUCUUCACUUUAAAGCUCCUUAAAGCAAAAGUAAAAGAGGGGACCUUAUUUUUGUUUACGGUAAACACAGAUCAUGAAACAAACACAAACCUUCAGAUAAGCUUUCUUUCUGGUUGCUGUAUGUAUAAAAAAAAAAGAUAUUCUCUAUGUUUUGUAAGUAAAAACAAAAAGAAAAACUUUUCUUUUGUUUUUUACACACAAGAAACAGUAUUUCAACUUCCACACCUAGGAUUCACAGGUGGAGAAGGAGGCAUCUCCACAUCAGUUUUAUACCGUACACCAAGUGUAGAACAUUAUCUAUGGGAUUGGUGCUGAUUGAAAAAUAACAAACAAACAAACCUACAACUGCCUUAUGCCCUUAGGUGCUGAGUUUCAUUAAGUACUGUCACCUUUCUCAUGCAAAACUCUUUAACGAUUAUAUGCCAGGAAAAAAAAACAAAAAGAAACAAAAAAAACAACCAACCAACUGAAAUGCAAAUCUUAAAACUAAAAAAAAAAAAAAGAGAAAAGAAAAAAAUAAACAACAAAAAGAGAGAAAUUUACGAUUGAAAAAAGAAAUCUUGUUGCUCUGAUUUGAUUUAGCAGAAAAAAAAACCCAAAUGUCUAAAGACAAGAAAGCAAAGCCAAGGCAUCCCCAGUGGAGUUUGAUUUUUCCAACUGAAAGACAAAAUCAGGUCUGUAACUCAAUUCGGCAAUGCAUUUAUAACACCGUUUGGCCAAGCAUGUGAACCUUGACCAAGUCGUGUUAUAAACAUGAUCCCACCAUGUAGCCGUUUUCCUCGUGUAAAUGGGCCAUGUGUAAUGGUCGAUUUGCACCCCAUUAAUGUGGUAAUACAGUAUCUGAUCUUGUUUCAAACAAUUGCACAUGCUAAAGUGCCACUGCCUUCAGUGGAGUAAAUAAGAACCGUCUGAGCCCAGAAUAAGGCCCGCCACCUUGAUUUCUGGAAAAUAAGAAAUCUGCAAACAUUGAAAUUAUAUACCAAAAACAUUAUACUAAAGUACAUUUACACAUGUCUAAUAACUAUUUCAGUAAUAAUAAAACUCAGCAUAGUAGCAAAAAGCGAGUCAAUUUAAAGGCACAAUACUUGAUCAGUGACUGGCAAAAUAAUUUGACCUACUGUAUCAUUUUAAGGCUGUGAAAGGCAUACAUGUAUUAUUUGUAAUCUUGUGUAAGACUUGUCAUGUCUCAUUCAGUGCGAGCCUUAAAGUGAUUGUAAAGCAUCCUUCGUUCCAUUUUGGGGAUUUUGGGUUUUGAUUUUUGUUUGGUUUUGUUUUUAAGGAAAACAAAACAUGAAAAUUGGGAUAAAAAUCAAAAAAAAAAGAAACAAAAAAGCAAACAACAACAAAACAACCAACAAACUUCUUCAAACGAUAAUAACCUGUAAACUGACUCACAUCUAGAGAUGAUUUGGUGCUUUGUAUUUUUGUUGAUGUUGUUGUGAUUUAGCUGAGAAUUCUUCAACCCGGUACAUGUGGGAAACUGCUGAUAAAAACUGUCUCGUGUCACCCUCUACUGUAAGUACAUGGCGAGAAACACCACCAGAGGAAAUUCAGGAGCGUAGCGAGAACAUCGUGGUUUAGCUUAGCCUUCUCACCGCAAGGAGAUGCUGCCACCUCCGUUGAUGGCAAAGCCUAGAUGGUCACCUGCUGAGAGUUGUGUGGUUGUGUUGACGUUUCCAAAUAGCCCGCUCAGUGUCUGAACAUUCACAUCUCUCGAAUGCUGUUUCUGUGCUGGAACCUCUUUUUUCAAGUUAAAUCAUGGGUUUGCAUCUAUCUAACACCUUUUUCCUUUUUGAGAGUAUUGCUCCUUUAAAGGAAUAUUCCCGUUUCAGGGCAUCUUUUCAAUCCCACCAUCCCUCUACUUGGGAGGGGAAAAACAACAACAAAAUGAGAUAUUUUUAAGUGAAUGCUGUAGUAUUUUCUGUGUGUAAUUGCAAUUUUUUAUUCCAGAAAUACUGUAACUGUCUAGGGUGCAAAACUCCCAUGCUGACCUAUCCUGAAGAGGAGAUCAGCAUGGGGGGAUAUUUUUUAAUUAUGAUUAUGAUUUUUCUGUUUAAUUUGAGGAAUCAGUUGUUUUUUUAAUUAUAUAAGUAUUUAAAGAAACUAGUACCAAUUUUAUAUAACAGUUUAAAGAAGCUGAAUGCUUUCUUCGCCUGAAUAUACCUGAAGAGAAACAUUUUUUUCAAUCAGUGAUCCUUUGCAGUGUUCUGAGAAAAUGUUGGGGUUUCCUCAGUUAUUUCAUUUUGCUUUGUAAAGAAAACUUUUAACUGGUGCCUGUCCCUUUCAGGGAGGGCAGGACUCAUUCACGCCAAACUAUAGACAAAUGGCAAAGUUUAUAAGAAGCCAAAUUGUCGCUGGUACUGUAAUUCCCAGUCAACUCCAUUUCAGGCAAAUGUUUCUGGGCUCUGAUUACAACCAGUAUGAUGAUCACAUUUUCAUGCAAAGGGAGGGAUUUUGUCUUGUCUUCCCCUAUCUAAAUUCACAGUCCCUUGUUUACUGUGCACAUAAAUACAUAUAUAUAUAUAUGCACACUUAUAUGUAUUUGUGAAAAGCUUUCAUUUCCCUUCUCCGUUGUGUGUGUCCCAUAACCAGUCCCUUCUCAAGUGUCCUAUUAACAUUUCUGCCUGUUUCUUCCCUAAUCAGUAUACUGUCUCCAUAAAGAGGGGUAAUUUGUGAAGUGAACUUGCUAUCCCCAGAUACUGAGACAUAAAAAACCAGAGGUGCCCAUCCUCCAGCAACAGGUCUGCAUUUCUCUUCCCAGGAUUUUCUUCUGACUUAAAUUUAAUACUAGUGUAGACUUAGUUUCUCUGAGAAUCAUUCCCUGUGUAAAGACCCUCCUUGGUCCUUCCAUAAAGAGCUCUCCUCUACACAUAGAAUCAUAGAAUGGUUACAUCUGCAUUUCAUGGGCAUAAGCAUGAGAAAGGAAUGGAUGACAGACAACCCUGCUGUUCCUUGAGGACCUUUCCUCCAGGAAAUAGCAUCCUCAUUUUCAAAAGCAUUAUGAGAAGGUCCCCUUCCCCAGACUGGUCAACCUUGAGGUCUCGUUUGGAGAUGUGAACCCACUCCCUGGCCCAACUGAAGAGCUGGACCGUGCCACAUUGCACCAGGACAGUGAAAUGAGUCAACAAGCCAAGGCACAUUUAUCAGGAGUCAAGGAAGAGACCCUUCAGUGUUGCUUCUCAUGAACAUCUGCAGCCUGCCUUCCCUCAGGAACAGGACCCUUGCUCCAGAACGCCACAGCAACAGCCGUCCUCUCCAUCCUGUUAUGGGAGUAGAGGGACAAAACACUCUAGAAGUGACCUUACGUCUCAAUACAGUGCUAAUUUCUCACAGCCAAACCAGCUUGACCAAGGGCUUGACACACCCCUCCAAAGUCCUUUUUCUUCGUGGCUCGUAGUAUGGAUAACAAUGAAGGCAGGUGCCUCCACUGCAUACUAAGACUGUUUCAUUGUGCUUAGUUGCAUAAACUUUCUGCCUCAGCUAUUAGUCCUUUCUUUGAAUGAUAUCCACUGGCAUCCUGAUUUAAGCAAAAGAUUUCCAGUGAGAGCCUGUGUCAACCCUGAAGAACUAUUUCUCUUUGAAGGACUUCAUUACAGCCUUAACGUAAAGCACAUGCUCUACCACUACACCCAACGAGUUCAAGGUGGACAGUUUGGUGUGGUGACCAUUUCCUCUUGGGAUUAUCUGUGAUCUUGUUGCCAAACAGCGCCUUUUGCCAAUCCAAAAGCUCGGGGAGGAAAAUUACUCCUAGCUCUUUAUUGGUACUAACCCUAGUGCUAAAAGUCUAGUCUUUUCCUGUUUACUUUUUUUCCUAGGGUCUCUUUGAUUUUUGGUGUGCACUUUGGCAGGAUGGUUAAUGACUUGUUUUGGUUUCACUUGGUUCUUAACUCCUCAGCUUCUCCCUGGUAGCUUACUUACACCAUGUCCCACCUUCUUGCCAGAAGAUACUGUGUGAUGGGUUUUUCAAACUGUCGUGGAGAAGGUUGAGUCCAUAUUUAUUCACAUCACGAGAGCAGUGAGCAACUUCUCUGGCAUGUUUGUGCUGCUGGAUUCACCCUGGGAUCACCUAAACCAGCCAACUGUGCCAUGCCAGGGCAAAGCCUGCUCUAGAGGACUCCACCAUGCCCACUGUUAAAUUUUUCAAACCUUCCCUGGCAUGGUUUUGGCCCACUCCAAUGAGCCCUGGGCUUGGAUGCAGCUUGCACAGACAUUGAUGCUGGCCAGAGACCAUCCCCAAUUGGCAGUUUGGAUGCAGACGCUCUAUAUUGAUGGAGAAAGAGUUUAGCAGCAUGGAUGUGGCCAGCACUUGUCAGUUGGCUCAUGGCCCAAAUGGAUCCUGGCAGUGCUUAAUUUACUAAUAAAGAUGCAACUAUGUGCCACAGACCCGGAUUCAGGACUCAGUGGAAUAAAUCAGCUUCAACUUG